UUCUUCUACCUGUCUGAAUCUCUGCACGAAUUUAGCUUAACUGUGGCCUUACUACUUGAAUAUAGAAGUGAAUGUGCUUACCUCCUCCAGGGGUUCAAGGGAUGACAGCAUGUUGAGAUUUUGUUUCGUACGUUGUCUGAGGUGCGGCGUCCUGGGUCGCGAGCCGACGUUGGAAUCAGAAACGUGAGAGUGAUGGUAGUGGUCAAAUUACAACGGCGUUUAUGAGUCGGACCUAGAUGCAUAUAGACAAUCUUGUACCUCAUGUGAAAAGUCGAGAGCAUCGUUAGACCCGAGAGUCGGACUGACGCCAAAGUCAUCCUCAGCAGCUGUCAUGGGGGACAAUUAAAAUUAUUUAUUGAACACACCGGUCAUCGGCCGGUCGCCCCUAAAAUGGAAGGCAAAGAUGAAAAAAGGAUUGAAUAGGAGGCCGUCAUACACUUUCUAAGUAACUGCGAUGAGCGUUCAAACAAAGCCUGCAUUCCAAAAGACCGGUCUUCGCACUGGCGGAGGUCGGCGUAAUCGACUUCAAGAAAUCGCGCAGAGCACGAUGGACGCGAUCGAGAAUGGCACGGUCACCAUCGCCAACGUUUCCUAUGAUCUCGCUGCCAAAGUCAACUUCUCUAACCACAAUACUCGUUACUAUGCUCCAGAUUCUUUGCUAUCCACUUGGUCCACCAGUGACCCACCACGCAAUCUCGCAGCUACGAAAUCGGAGGUAUCUAUCCUCGAGAUUUCGACACUUGAUGGUGCUAGAUUGUUGUUCAAUACCCUUUCAUCUCGUUCUACGAGCUUCGGCCGGAUAGCAAUCUUAAACUUUGCGUCUGCUACACGACCUGGAGGCGGUUUCUUGAAUGGGGCACAAGCUCAAGAGGAGUCUAUAGCCCGGUCAUCUACGCUUUAUCCCUCCCUAAUGACGGACAGCGCGCAACGCUUCUACCGACUACAUACCCGUGAUAGAAAUAGAGGGUUUUACCAUCACGCAAUGGUCUAUACACCUUCUGUCGUGAUCUUGAAGGAUGAUGCAGGAAAUUGGACGUCGCCUUUUGAAGUCGAUGUUCUAACAAGCGCAGCUGUAAAUGCUGGCGAUUCAGAGCUUGCGGAGAUCGAGAAGCCCAUCGAAUCUGUCAUGAAAGAAAGGAUGGCACGCAUUUUGUUCUUAUUUGAACAGCAGGGUGCUAAGAACAUCGUAUUGGGCAGUUUUGGAACGGGGGUAUUCCAAAACGAUGUCAAAGUUGUGGCAAAGAUCUGGGCAGAGUUAUUGACAGUGAAAGGUGCGCGAUACCGGCAUUCGUUUGAUCGCGUAGUAUUCGCCAUCCUCGGGAAGGAUACUUUUACCACUUUCGAGCAAUCAUUCGAGAAGCAGACUAGUACUGAUACCAUAGUCAUCCCUAACUGA